AUUAGAUUUGAUGACAGUUCUUCUAUAUAACUUCAUCAUCCACCACCUCCUAAAUACUCUUCUGUGGCUGUCAUCUUCUUUCGCUUUUUCAAUUAACUUGUCUUUUACCGGAGACUGUGACUGCGUCUGUGAACAAGAAGAACAUCCAUGGCUUCCUCUAUUUCCUCUGAUAUCCGUUUCUUCAAGAUUGGUCUCAAAAAAAGCCUUGAAGAUGGAAACCUUAAGUUAACAAAAAAGUUCAGUAAGGAAUAUGGUGAUAGUGUUCCAAAUCCAGUGUAUCUGAAGCCUCCAGAUGGCACUGCAUGGAAGAUAGAUUGGUCUUUGUAUGAUGGUUUGAUUCAAUUUGAAAAUGGUUGGAAAGAAUUUGCUUCAUAUUACUCUUUGGAUAAUGGCCAUCUGCUGCAAUUUGCGUACAAUGAAACUUCUAACAUUGAAGUACAAAUUUUUGACAUCAUUGAUGGCUCUGAAAUCAACUAUCCUUCCUUGGAUCACAUCGGCGAUGACAAUUCGAUUGAGAUCUUGAAUGAACUGCCGCCACGAGGCUGGUCGAGGAAAAAACUGAAAGCAGCAGCAGAAGUAUCAUCUCCUUCUACAAGUAAAAUAUUGAGGAGUUCUGUCAAAACUGGAGAUGUAGAAAAGGGCCCUGAUAAACAAAACUGGAUGCAGUGUUGCAACAAUGAAGAAGCUAGUCAAUCUGAAGAGACAGGUCUUAAGAAUUAAGAUGCCAACAAUUCGAAGUGCCAGAGUUGAUCCUGAUAGUAUGUAACUUCAUGAUCAAUUCAUCCUUUUAUUUUCGUAGAUUCUAAUGUAUGUCUUUGUGGCUAAAAUGCAUAAAUCAUAGUUACAAAUUCACCAAAUAGGUAGCGUACGCAUAUAUUUCACAUAAAAUAUUUUACAUAUGGCGUACCGCGUAAGAAUAUCAGAACGUGUUGCAUUUCAUGUAACUAUGCAAUAAAUAUCUUAUUGUUCUUAGGCUGUGUUCAAAUUUGGUUCAA